AUGGAAGAAGGCGGCAGCGCUGGCAGCGACAGCAGCACCAGCGGGAGUGGCGGGGCGCAGCAAAGGGAACUGGAACGAAUGGCUGAGGUCCUGGUCACCGGGGAGCAGCUACGGCUCAGGCUACAUGAAGAAAAGGUGAUUAAAGAUAGACGACAUCAUCUCAAAACCUACCCAAACUGCUUUGUCGCGAAAGAACUGAUUGACUGGCUGAUUGAACACAAAGAGGCUUCCGACAGAGAGACGGCAAUUAAGCUCAUGCAGAAAUUAGCAGACCGGGGAAUUAUUCAUCACGUGUGUGAUGAGCACAAGGAAUUCAAGGAUGUCAAGCUCUUCUACCGCUUUCGAAAGGAUGAUGGCACCUUCCCAUUGGACAACGAAGUGAAGGCCUUCAUGAGAGGGCAGAGGCUAUAUGAGAAGCUGAUGAGCCCUGAGAAUACACUUCUGCAGCCCAGGGAGGAGGAAGGAGUCAAGUAUGAGCGCACCUUCAUGGCAUCUGAAUUCCUGGAUUGGCUGGUUCAGGAAGGUGAGGCCACCACAAGGAAGGAGGCAGAGCAGCUUUGCAACCGGCUAAUGGAGCACGGCAUCAUACAGCAUGUGUCCAACAAGCACCCAUUUGUGGACAGCAAUCUUCUCUACCAGUUCAGAAUGAACUUCCGUCGGAGGCGAAGACUGAUGGAGCUGCUCAAUGACAAGUCCCCCUCCCCCCAGGAAACUCACGACAGUCCUUUCUGCCUGAGGAAGCAGAGCCACGACAAUCGGAAAUCUACCAGCUUUAUGUCAGUCAGCCCCAGCAAGGAGAUCAAGAUCGUGUCUGCGGUGAGGAGGAGCAGUAUGAUGUUAAAGAGACCUGUCACCUCUGAGGAACUCCUAACUCCUGGGGCUCCAUAUGCAAGGAAGACGUUCACGAUUGUUGGUGAUGCGGUCGGCUGGGGCUUUGUGGUGCGAGGAAGUAAGCCAUGCCACAUCCAGGCCGUGGACCCCAGUGGCCCUGCAGCCGCAGCAGGAAUGAAGGUCUGUCAGUUCGUCGUCUCUGUAAAUGGACUCAAUGUGCUGCACGUAGACUACCGGACGGUGAGCAAUCUGAUUCUGACGGGCCCCCGGACAAUUGUCAUGGAAGUCAUGGAGGAACUAGAAUGCUGA